AUGUCAGCACACAUUCCAGACCAGGCGUUGAUGCAACUCAAUCAGGAGCUUCAAGACUUUUUGCGGGCCGGUGCUCGAACUGGUCAGCGCGAGAAAGCUGCCAAGAGGAUCAACCUGACCUUGAAUGGGCUGGCUCGACAGCUGGGGCUGAAUGGAUCGGUUCACAUGUUUGGUUCAUUUUCGAACGGUUUCAAGACCGGGACCUCGGACCUGGACGUUGUCUUUGUGGGAGCUGUGGAUGAGAGUGCCAUCUCCAUCCUGCAGAAAUUUUCUGAUCGUUUGGAUGGCCUCGGCUUUGACAACAUUACAAAGAUCUUUCAGGCAAAUGUGCCCCUUCUCAAGCUGACCGACCGCAAGGACAACAUGGAGGUGGAUUUUUGCAUCAACAACGAGCUGGGGGUCAGGAAUUCCCUGCUGCUCAACACGUACUGCAAGUACGACCACCGUGUCCUCCAGCUCGGCCGCUUGGUAAAGGAGUGGGCAAAGAAGCAUGAGCUCGUCGGGACUGCAGACGGCUGCUUGAACAGCUAUGCGUACAUGCUCUUGGUGGUUUUCUUCCUCCAGCAGGUACAGCCGCCGGUUGUGCAAAAUCUACAGGCCAUGGACUGUGAGUCGGUUCCUGUGUCAGACCGCAAGUGGGGCGGCGAGGACAUCUGGGAGACCAAAUUUUUGGUCGAUGUUGAUACAGUCCCGAAGUCGCAGAAUCAGAUGACGAUUGGCGAACUGCUUGUGGGCUUCUUCCGAUUCUACACGCGCGAGUUCAACUGGAGGCAGCAUGCCGUCUGCAUGCGCCUGCAGAAACCUGGACAGACCGUCGACAAGUUCUCAUUGUCGCUCCCGACGAACGAAGAGCAGUGGUAUCUGGAAGAUCCGUUCGAUCUCAAGCACAACCUUGCAGGAAAGUGCAGCCGAGCUGGCAAAAAGCGGAUUACAGACGAGAUGCACAACGCCUUGAAUGUGCUGACGUCAACUGGCCGAUGGGCGAAGUGUUUGCCGCCCAACCAGAGUCCGGAGUACUUUAUGAAAUGCCGCAUUAGUCAGAACGUCACUCCACAAGCCUUGCUUGAAGAGUUCGAGCAGUGUGAUUUGGUCAAGCUGCACUUCCCAAAGUCUGAUGGCACGGUACGAAUGCCACAAGCGUAUUUGCAGUUUGGGGAUUCAGCCAGCCGCCGGAAAGCCCACGCGAAGAACGAGAAGUACAUUCUCGAUUGCCAGCUACAGCUGCACUACAGCUCGCAGCAUAGCCUGGCGGAGGCCAUUCAGCAGUGUCAUUUUUCGACGUAUGAGAUGGCGUCCUACAAGAUGCAGCAGCUUGGCUGCCAGUCGUUCCAGUGGUUUCAGAAAAUUCCGCCCAAGUGCAAAGCAACUUGUGGCAGGAUAUUUUCUCUCCCUCUGCCCUUUUGUCCCUCUGGAUGUCGGUUCGCCUUCUCUGUCAAAUCCAACCUGCGGCCCCCGAUGAUCUUCCAUCUGGACUUGAAGGAAUUUCCGAAGUCGGCCAGCGCGGUGGAGGACACGCUCCCUCUUCAGAUGAGAGGUGGCAUGAAGGACCUGUUCGCUGGGUGA